GUUUCCAGCCGUUGUAGAGGGGAACGUGUCAGCUACAAGGAGGGAGAGAGCCGGAGGAUACGUGAGACUGUAGGAGAGGCCGUUGGAGGAAGGGCGACCGGUGCCAGCAACGGGUUGACUGACUGCCGCAGCAUCUCAGUCUUGCGCAGAUCUCAACGCGGCAUUUUGCUGACGCAGCAGCAACGCAGCGCCUGCAGCAGUAGCUUCUACCUCUGCUCUCGCUAGAGGUCUGCGGUGUGUGAGGCAUGGGUUCUGGACAGAGACGGGCACCGCCUCAAACCCAACCCCCACUGUCGAAGCCCUUGGACUAUCCCCGGUCGUUCAAGGGCGGCGGUGGCGAUGCCACCGACUUCGGCGACACCAGUAGCGCCAGUAGCAGCAGCGGUGGUGGCGAGGAUGAGCCGUACGAAACGGAAACCUUACAGGAGAGGGUAGAACAGCACCAACACCAGCGGCAACCUCUCCUCUGUUUGGAAAAGGAGGGAGGGCCCGACGUUGCCAUCAAGAAGACCUCGGAGCUCUGGCACAUCCACGGUAGACAUUUCGACCUUACCCCCUUCUUGGACCACCACCCGGGAGGGUCUAGCAUCCUCGAAGCGAUGAAGGGAGCGGAGGACAUCACCCCGGUCUUCGAGAGCUACCACGCCCUGGCACACAGCGCCGCCAUCCGACAGAGCUUGGAAAAGUUCGAGUGGACGGGCAAGCUCGUGGACGACGUGUCGGAGCGGGAGGCAGCCCUCGUGGGCGGCACGCGGAAAGAGCCCGUGAGGUACCGAUGGGAUGAGGGGGGCUUCUACGCCGUCCUUACCGCAAGAGUCAAGUCCUACUUCCUCCAGAAGCACGGGCGGGCGGGAGUGGACCCGCGAAAUGCCUCGGUCAACCGGUUUGUGAAGGCCCCGCCGGCUUGGUACUUAAAGGAGUUGCUUAUCCUGGUGGUGUACCUGCCCCUCUUCGCGUGUAUGCUUGGGUACAACGUCUGUGGGACCGGGUUAGGGGAGGCCCUUUCUCCACCACCGCUGUGGGUGCGCGCCACGGCCGCCGUGCUCGCGGGGGGCUUGCUGCAGUCGUUCUCCUUCUGCACGCUGCACGACGCCUCUCACUACGGCCUGCUCUUCAAGAGACCGCGGGUACAGGAGGUCGUUUCCCGCCUCUGUAACGCUUGGACCCUCUGGCACCACGGGCUUUGGGUGAUGCAUCAUGUCUACGGCCACCACUCUUUCACGGGAGACCCAGAGAGAGAUCCGGACCUCGUGCACGCUCGCCCUUACCUUAGGAAGAGUAUUCUUGCUCCCGCAGAGCAGUACGACCCCUUCUUGGUCAAGUGGCAACGCUUCUUCGCCCCGGCGUUCAUGAUGGUGAUGCCUGGCGCCAGCCUGGGUCAGACGCAGGCCUACCUUAGAGGCCUCCGAGAGGGAAACCUUUGGCACGUCUCCAUAACUGCCGCUUCGGGGGGCACGCGAUGGUACGAGUACAUGACGUACGCCGCGGUGGUGGGACUUCACGUGGUCGGAGGGAGUGUCUGGGUAUCCUUCUGUUAUUUCAUGGGCAUCAGUGUGGCCUACCACCUGUGUGUCGCACCGGACCACGACACGCUCGAGUCGUCGAUCGUCAACAGCAUUGAGGCCAAGAGGGAAGGGGAGCGACAGAGAGCUGUGGAAGCGGCAACAACCACAAGCAGCUCCAAUGCCAGCAGCAGCAGCAGCAGCAGCAGGAGCAGUAGCGAGUGCGUCCAGAAUCAAGAGAAAACCGUGGCGGCCACGGGAGAAGGCGGCGACUUCAGGAGGCGACGCUGUAUCGGGAAAGGGGGGCAAAGAAGAGAGACGAUUGGAGGGGCGACCUUUGAGACCACGACGGUGGCUGUGGCGGUGCCAGAACCACCGGCAACUGAGGCGGCAUCCGUAGCCUGCUUGUGCGAGAGUUGCAAUAUUCCCGGCGGAGAUGGGGGUGUCGUGGGUGGGGCGGGACGGGAGGCGAGAGGACUGGGCCCCGCAGGCGGAGCGAGAGGGGGGGGGUCGUCCUCCGCAACGGGGGAUACUGAGGAGGAGGACGGGUACGGCGAUGAUUGGGGAGAGGUGCAGGUGCGACACAGCGGGAAUUUCAGCAACGGUAACCCCUUCGUGACGCAGGCGAUGGGCGGGAUAAACUACCAAAUCGAGCACCACCUUUUCCCCUCCAUGUCUCACAUGCUGUACGCCGAGAUAGCCCCGAUCGUCAAGGACGCCUGCAAGGAGUUCAACAUCCCGUACAACGCUCACCCGACCCUGUGGACGGCCUAUGCAUCGUACCUCAAGCACCUCGUUGUCUGCAGCGAGAUGAGUUGAGGGUUUGCGGGGGGUCAUACGAAAACCCACGGUGCGCCUUGCACGGAAGGUGUCGUACGACAAUAUUGUUUGCGGUGGAAGGAGGGCGCUAGGGGGGUAACGCGAUGGUGCAGAGGGUUGACUAUUGGCUCGAGCCCGCCUCCAGGUCAAGGCGUGCAGCAGUGAUUCGGGCUUCCUCGAAGCCGCCGUCUUGAUUGUCAACUAUUUCUUUGCGUGAGAGACCAGGGUUUGCAAUUUGUACAGGUUUUCUCGUUUGAUGGAAAUCCCAGAUCUUGGGCUAGUUUUACCACCCCUCCGCAUGGCAAGGUUGCAGCCAGAUUGGGCGUGUAAGGGCGCCCGCUUUCGCAGUCCGACAUGACGUGACAUGCCGACGGCUUGGUCGAACGGGAGGCCCUGUCUGCUCUGCCCUAUCUUUUCCCGUUUUAUUGUUGACAGGGUGUGCAGCAUUGUUUUUUUUACUGCGAAGGCAGGCGGGCAAGGGACUAGUCCCUGAAGUGAAAAAAAGUAUUCGUGAUCGUUCCUUUACCUUGUCGUGUUGUUGCCCUCCGCAAUCCCGUUGACAGCAGAUCGUCACGCCGUAGCAAGGGUGCGUCAAUCGUGCAUACUGUGCGCGCCCCAGUUGAAACAUUGCUCGCCGCCCGACUUGCCCCCCCCCCCC